UUCGUUUCGCAGCGAGAUUCUGUUUCGUCGCGAACUUCUCGUUGUGCAUUCACCUUCGAAAUUAUGGGUAGUUAAAAAUCCUCUGUAAACAGCCGAAACCGCUCACAAUUUCCACGGUAAAUCCCGAGUGUUCCUUACGAAGCGUCGCGGGAAAGAAAGAUACCUACAGAGAAAAUUCCGGCCGGCUUCGAUCCACGAUCGCUGUUCUGUCGACCAUUCAUCGAUCACCAUCGCCAAGCACCUAGAUCGACUCCAUCCAAGGGAAAAUGGUGCUUCAGACGCCUUAUCUGGACGCCAUUCAGGCGGUGCCCGGCGCCACUCUCAGCGAAAAGUUCAGAUGGUUAGCUGGCUUUAUAAAGCAGCGAAUCUCCGAGUGCAACAGCCUCGAGGAUGUGGUGGAAUCCGAGAAAAUCCCGAGACACCUGGCGCCUCUUGUGCAAGUGCAAGCCGCGAUGAUGAUGAACAAAAAGAAUCGCGCUGACCAGAGCACCUACGGGGCGAUAGCUGAAGCCCUCAAGUCAAAGGACGAGAUUGUGGUGACGAAGGCACUUCAGGCCAGGAGUUUCUUCGAUGGAAGCAACAAGGCGAUCACCAACGUUCAGUACUUUUUCGAGAACCUGUUUCCGUACGUUUCACUGAACACCAGAACGCGAAUCAUUAAGAAUCUGUCCAUUCAUCUAGCACCCAAGAAUUCCGAUUUGGCCAAGGAAUUCUUCGUGGCUGUGGCCUCGUGUUACGGCAUCGAGCAAGCGUUACCACUGUUGCUGGCUUGUAACGAGACCUUCGCUUACGACACUGUCGUAAAAAGGAGGAUCAUUUUGAGCCGGAAGCUGGUGAAGCAAAUAUUCCGCAAGAAUCCAGACUUCGUCGUGCGUUAUCUGAGACUGAGCAAGCCAAACACCGAUCCCUACGUAAGGAACCUUCACAAGGUGGACAUCUACGAUUACAGAGACUUCCUUGCCGCUCUGGUCAAGAAAAGGACCGACUCGUUCGUCGAGCUGUACGAGAUGCACAAGAAACAACCACCGAGCAUGACUUUGAGCAGCAAAUGCGCCGAGGCGUUUCUGAAGAACGGCAGGGAACAUCUGCAGCGAAAUCCCAAGCUGUACAUAAAGAUAUUGCCGUUGAAAUUAAUCAGCAGCAGCCGUAUGGAGUCGAUAUUUGUUAAAUUAUUCCCCAAGGACGCGAAGAGUUUCGAUACCAACGAGAUGUUGAAUUAUCUGAAAUACUAUCCGCAGGAUAAGAAGGUUGACUUCUUCUUGAAGUCUUAUCAAGAGGUCUACGGUACAAGCAUACUGGACGACAAAAAUAAGAUAACUUUGAAUCUGAUGGGUAUACUGCCUGUCGAGGAACGUGUCAGACAAGCUAGAAUUAAACUGGAGAGUAGUCCGGAUUUGUUUGUAGGACUGGAUUAUCAUUUAUGCUGGUACUGUUACCUGCCCAUCGAGGAAUCGAUGCCACGGUUGAAAGACGACAUGGCCAAAACCACAGAGAUGGAGUACAGAUCGGUGAUAGCUUGCAAGAUGAUCUUCACGUGCAAAGUGAACAACGACGAUCAGGCUUUGUUAGAGGUACUGACCUACUUCAAGAACAGACACAAGAACGAGCAAAUUUGGUUUCUGAUGAAGGUCUUCGAGACUUUACUGAAACACUACGAUCUUCCGCAAUUAGGCAGGGAAUAUUGGGAGAUCCUAACGGAGAUGAUCGUGCGUGCUCACGUGAAGCAAGAUCUCUACGGAAAUUCAAACGGUCUACGAAUGGUAGAAAAUGCAAUCCAUCACAACAUCCUCCAGAAUCAACCGAUCGAUCGAAUGAUCGAUAUCCUCGUGGACAUCAACAGCAGGAGAUCCACGAACUACUGGAACAUCCUGGUAGAGCACCCUAAGUACGAGAGAUUGUGUCUGGAGUCUUGUCUGAACGUGGUCUCGCAGAAAUACAAAUCUGACAAGAGUCCUUGGAAGGAGGACAGGAUGGGGAUCCUGUACGAUCUCUGCUCGUCGAUCUACUACUUCAACGACAUUCACGUGAGCAAAACUAGCCGGGUGGAGCGUAUGUCGAUAAAGAAUUACCCGUGGCUGAUUCACGCUGUCGGGGAAAUCGCGUCGAGUACCGAGCCGAAGAAUGCCCAUAUCGUCGGCAAGCUGCAACAGCUACUGAAGAUCCACGAAAGCGACCUGUACGAGCGUUUCUGGUUCACAGAGAAAAAGAUCGCGAACGUCGAGACCGGUGAAGCUUUGAAGUUGCUGAGGAGGAACCCGGAGGAUAUUCUAUCUCACUGGACGGAGUACUUGAAAGCUUGUCAGGAUACUUGGUCCAGAGGUCACACGAAACGCUUCGUUAAGGCUACGCGCUGGUACAACGACCUUCCCAUGAAAUUCGUCGGUCAGUGUCUUCAGGACUUAACGCAGAAGAAGAACGCCAGAAGUGUGGACAUCUUGGCCAUGCUGUUGCACGGCGAGACAUUCACGAAGAUCAUAGAACCGCUGAUUCCAAACGACAAGACGAUCGACAUUCACAACGAAGAGGCGCAGUCCAAUUAUGAUCUGAUUCUAUCUAUCAUUUACGGUAUGAAGGUUGCCAAUCCACCGGUACCCCUCACAUUGAUAGGCAAACUAUGCGAGGGAGAUUAUUUAUCCGUGGCCCUGGCAGCUCUGAUAAACGUCUGCAGACGAACGAACGUCAUGGACGUGGUCGUGUUUGCUCGAACGUUAGCCAACCAAAGGGUGUCGGUACGAAAACACGGGAUAAGACUGAUGCACAUGGUUGCAGCGCGUGAUCAACUGUACAAUUUUCUGCACACGCAGUGGAAGUCAGAGCAGAAUCACUCUAUCCGAGAGAUCCUGUUCAAAAUGGUCAUUCAAUUGUUCAAGAACGAUCCUGUACCAACCACUUGGUCCCUUAUCGUCCAGGUGAUCUCCUCUUUAACGCUGAAGGACGAAGUGUCGUUCACCGGGGUAUCGUCGAUGGUGAACGUGGUGCCUGACGAGUACGUGGUCGAGUUUGAGAAGCUGGUCUUGUCGACGAUAGACAAGUUCCAGGCGGAGGGUAUCAGCCAAUGGAGAUGCGUCAUCCACACCAGAACAAUGUUGAGCAACAUCGACGCAGCAGUUUGCAAUCUUCUACCCGAUGAUUUUAUCAAGGAACUGAUCACAAGGUUCCUCUUUCACCAAGAGAUCGAAGUGUCGCGCAGCGCUUCGGUAUUCGUGAUUACAGGACUGCUGCUACCAACCAGGGAUAACUUCGACGAACGAAUGAAGAUCUUUUCGAGCGCGUUCACAGAGGCUGUGAAGACCGGUUGGAACGUGCCGCAUCCCCAAAGACCACGUUUCUACCCGGUGAAUCACACGGUUCACGAAUUCAUGAGCCAGGUUGUUCGCACGGUCUCCUCGAGCUUGUCGGAGGCGGAGCUACCUUUGAUCGACGGAAUGCUGUCCACGUUUCUAUCUUUAUUGUCGCCGCAAAUGGACGCGAUGUCGUACCUGUUGCUGGUGUAUACCAGAGAAAUGUUGUUCUCGAAGACACCGAAGGAAUUUGGAACGAGGAUCGGAGGGAAGUUACCGGAGCUUGUGAACAUAUUUUCGUCGUUGUUCAUAUUCUACAUGGCGGAUAAUCUGCGUUACAUACUGAGUUUGAACACGUUCAAGGAUUACACUAAGAACGACGUGUUUCUGAGCGUAACCGAGGGUCUGAUGGAGGUCGAAACGAUCGAGGCUGCGUUGAUAGGUGUGCAAAUGCUCAGGCUAUGCAUAUCGAAGGACAACGCGGAGAAGUACGACAAGCUUGUGACGACGUUCUCGAAACACGAUCAUCCGGUGAUCAAGAGUAUCGUCUGUGAUAUUAUCAAUAGGGCGAAAUUCAACGAUUAA